CGCCGUAGAGUGUUGGGACCAGGGCUGGAGCAGACCGCCGGGGAGCAUCAGCGAAAAGAUCCAGUCCUGUGCACGGGAGCCUCGCCUGGACGAACGUGGCGCCGUGCGCUUUUUUUUGGGGGGGGGCUGCACAACAUUCCUGUGAAAUAAAACUGCUAUUAAUGGCAUGUGGCUUGUAACUUUACUCCUGCUGUAUUCUUUGCAAGAAGCCAACAGUGAGGAUGUUGUCUCUACUCGUCUGUACUUUGUGAAUGCCUCCCUGCAGCGAGUGACCUUCUCCAGCUCAGUGGGGGUGUCCCUGCCCUGCCCUGCGGGCGGCGCCCCCCAUGCUAUCCUGCGCUGGUACCUGGCUGCCGGAGACGACAUUUACGACGUGCCCCAUAUACGCCACGUACAUGCCAACGGCACCCUCCAGCUCUACCCUUUCUCCCCCUCUGCCUAUAACAGCAUCAUCCACGACAACGAGUACUUCUGUACCGCUGAGAAUCAAGCGGGCAAGAUCCGAAGCCCCAGCAUCCACAUUAAAGCAGUGUUCAGGGAGCCUUACACAGUCCGUGUGGCUGACCAGCACUCCAUGCGGGGUAAUGUUGCCGUAUUCAAGUGCCUCAUCCCUUCGGCUGUUCAGGAGUACGUCAGCGUGGUGUCCUGGGAGAAAGACACAGUUUCCAUCGUCCCUGGUAACCGUUUCUUCCUGACUUCAUUUGGCGCUUUAUAUAUCUCAGAAGUGCAGAAGGAAGAUGCUUUGUCCACCUACCGCUGCAUCACAAAGCACAAGUACAGUGGAGAGACCCGGCAGAGCAAUGGAGCCAGGCUCUCUGUAAAGGACCCUAAGGAGUCCCCCCCAUCUGUGCUGGAUAGUUUCCAGUCCGGUGAGAUGCAGGUGGGGCACAGCGUAGAGCUGCCAUGCAUUGCCUCUGGAUAUCCAAAUCCCACCAUCCGAUGGUUGAAGGAUGGCCGUCCGUUGCCAGCCGACUCCCAUUGGACACGGCGCAUCACAGGUCUCACUAUCUCUGAUUUAAGACUUGAGGACAGUGGCAACUACAUCUGUGAAGUCACAAACAGCUUUGGCUCCAAAGAGGUGACGGGUCACCUUAAUGUUAUAGAACCAUUGCGGGUCACUUUGUCUCCAAAGAACCUGAAGACGGGGAUCAGCAGUACAGUAAUCCUUUCCUGUGCCGUCCAGGGUUCCCCCCACUUUACUGUGUCCUGGUACCGUAACACAGAACCUGUGAUGCCUGAUCAGCACUUUUCCAUCCAGGGAGCUCACAAUGAGACACUUUUCAUCUCUGCUGCACAAAAAAGACACUCUGGGGCAUACCAGUGUUUUGCCUCGCGAAAGGGCCAGACUGCCCAGGACUUCUCCAUCAUACUGCUGGAAGAUGGUACGCCCCGUAUCGUCGCCUCCUUCAGUGAACGGGUGGUGGUCCCUGGUGAGCCAUUUUCCCUGAUGUGUGCUGCCAAAGGAGCCCCCCCACCUACGAUCACGUGGACCCUGGAUGACGAGCCUGUGGCCCGGGAUCUGUCACGCGUUAGAUCCAGCCAGUAUACUCUUUCCGAUGGGAGCACCGUUAGCUUCGUAAACGUCAGCAGCCCGCAGAUUCGUGAUGGAGGAGUGUAUCGGUGCGCCGCACGAAACUCGGCUGGUAGUGCCGAGUACCAAGCGCGCAUAAACGUAAGAGGUCCUCCAAGGAUUAGGCCUAUGAAGAAUAUUACAGCAGUGGCAGGAAGAAACACUUUCAUAAACUGCAGAGUAAUUGGGUAUCCUUAUUAUUCGAUUAACUGGUACAAAGAGGGAAUUCUGCUGCCUGACAACCAUCGUCAGGUGGUGUUUGAGAACGGGACACUUAAGCUCAGCGAUGUUCAGAAAGGCAUGGACGAAGGUGCCUAUGUGUGCAGUGUGCUGAUCCAGCCACAGCUAUUCAUCACACAAACCGUUUAUGUCACCGUCAAAGUACCCCCGCUGAUCCAGCCGUUUGACUUUCCCCCAACGUCCAUUGGUAAAUUGAUGUACAUCGCCUGCGUGGUGUCAUCUGGAGACAUGCCCAUACGCAUCACGUGGCGUAAGGAUGGCCAGGAGAUUGUGCCCUCCUCAGGGAUAACCAUUGACACAAAGGAGUUCAUGAGCUCACUGCAGAUUUCCAAAGUGUCGCUCAAACACAAUGGCAACUACACCUGCAUCGCUAGCAAUGAUGCUGCUACUGUCAGCACAGAGAGGCAGCUCACAGUUACAGUGCCUCCACGAUUCGUUGUGCAGCCCAACAACCAGGAUGGGAUCUAUGGCAGGUCAGCAAUCCUAAACUGUUCUGUUGAUGGAUACCCUCCCCCUAAGGUCAUGUGGAAGCACGCCAGAGGAGCACUAGCUGGGAUCGGAAACCCACAGCAGUACCACCCGGUUCCUCUGACUGGCCGCAUUCAGAUCAUGACUAACGGCUCUCUGCUCAUCAGACAUGUCCUGGAGGAAGAUCGAGGUUUCUACCUAUGUCAGGCCUCCAAUGGUGUGGGUUCAGACAUCAGCAAGAGCAUGGUCCUCACAGUUAAGAUCCCAGCAAUGAUCACCAGUCACCCUAACACUACCAUGGCCAAGAAGGGUCAUGUGAAGGAGCUGAACUGCACAGCCAGAGGAGAAUGGCCCAUCAUCAUCCGUUGGGAAAGAGGUGACACAGUGAUUGACCCAGAUCGCAACCCCCGGUAUUCUAUAACUACGAGUCCCAAUGAAAAGACAGAUGAGGUGUUGUCUACACUCAAGCUAAAGCCAGCAGAGCGUGAGGAUUCAGUCUUCUUCUCCUGUCAUGCCAUCAACUCUUAUGGAGAAGGACGAGGCCUUAUCCAGCUCACUGUGCAAGAGCCUCCAGACCCUCCAGAGCUGGAGGUGCGAGAAGUGAAAGAUCGUAGCAUGAAUCUCAGAUGGACACAAAGAUUUGAUGGAAACAGUGUCAUUACGUCCUAUGACAUUGAAUAUAAAAACAAGACAGAAACUUGGGAGCUGAAGCAUGCCACUCGAAAUAUCUCUCCCACAAACAAUCAGGCCAACAUAGUGGACCUUCACCCUGCAUCUGUCUACAGCAUUCGUAUGUUCUCCUACAAUGCAAUAGGCAGGAGCGAGGCCAGUAAAGAGCUCACCAUCAGCACAGAAGAAGCACAGCCUGAUGGUCCUCCGAUAGAAGUGAUCCUUCAGCCAGUGACCUCCCAGAGUAUCCGAGUCACUUGGAAGGCUCCGAGGAAGGAGCUACAGAAUGGGGUUAUCCGAGGCUACCAGAUCGGUUACAGAGAGAAUGGCCCCGGCAGUAAUGGCCAGUACAGCAUUGUUGAGAUGAAAGCCACCGGGGACAGUGAGGUCUACACCCUCGACAACCUUAAGAAGUUUGCUCAGUAUGGUGUGGUUGUCCAGGCCUUCAACAGAGCAGGCACGGGUCCUUCAAGCUCAGAGAUCAAUGCGACAACACUGGAGGAUGUGCCCAGUCAGCCUCCUCAGAACGUGCGAGCCAUCUCUGUAACAUCAGACGAGGCGGUGAUCAACUGGGCUGAGCCUCCAAGAAUGACUCUCCAUGGUGUAUUGAAGGGAUAUCGUGUUGUUUUCUGGGCUGUCUUCCCAGAUGGAGAGUGGGGUGAAAUGCAAAACUGCACAACCACCAAAGAGCAGGUGGAGCUUAAAGGCCUUGAGAAGUUUACAAACUACAGCAUCCAGGUGCUGGCUUUCACCCAGGCUGGGGAUGGUGUUCGGAGCAACGUCCUAUAUAUCCAAACCCGUGAAGACUAUCCUGGACCCCCAGCUGGCAUUAAAGCAGUGCCCUCGUCUGCCAGCAGUGUCGUAGUGUCAUGGUUACCCCCUCACAAGCCAAAUGGAAUCAUCCGCAAGUACACAAUCUACUGCUCCAGCCCUGGCUCUGGUCAACCGCUGCCGAGUGAAUAUGAAGCUAAUCCAGAGCUCCUACAUUACCGAAUCACCCAUCUGAACCAUAGGCAACAGUACCUGAUCUGGGCUGCUGCUGUCACCACUGCGGGCCGUGGUAACUUCAGUGACAAAGUUACAGUGGAGCCUGCUGCCAAAGCUCCAGCCAAAAUCCUUUCAUUUGGAGGUACAGUAACCACUCCUUGGAUGAAGGAGGUACGACUGCCUUGUAGUUCUGUGGGUGAACCAACACCUACAAUAAAAUGGACCAAAGACAGUGAGGACACAGCAAUUCCAGUGUUGCUCGAUGGACAGCGCCUUAUCCUGGCCAAUGGGACGCUGGUGCUGCGAUCUGUCAAAGCUGAGGACUCUGGUUAUUACACCUGCACAGCCACCAACACCUUGGGCUUUGACACCAUCAUAGUCAACCUUUUGGUGCAAGUCCCUCCAGAUCAGCCUCGUCUAACCGUCUCUACCACUUCCACCUCCUCCAUUACUCUCGCCUGGAUUCCAGGGGACAAUGGAGGCAGCUCCAUCAGAGGUUUUGUGCUGCAGUAUUCUGUGGAUAACACAGAAGAAUGGAAAGAUGUUUUUAUCAGUUCAACUGAACGCUCGUUUAAACUGGAGAACCUGCGCUGUGGGACCUGGUAUAAAGUCAAGUUAGCUGCCAAGAACAGCGUAGGAGCUGGACGCAUCAGUGAGAUAAUUGAGGCAAAGACACACGGGCGAGAACCUCAGUUCAACAAGGACCAGCCUGUCUUCACCUACGUUAACUCCACCCACGCCCGCCUCAAUCUGCAGGGUUGGGCCAGUGGAGGCUGUCCAAUCACCUCUGUGACACUGGAGUUCAGACCAAAAGGUAUGUGGACGUGGCAGAAUGUCCGUACCAACGCCACCACAGAUGUGUUUUUGGCAGAACUGCGUGAAGGCACCUGGUAUGAGUUAAAGAUGAAAGCCUGUAACAGUGCUGGCUGUGGCAACCAGAGUUCCCAAUUUUCAACACCAAACUAUGAUGGCAGCACCAUCCCUCCCAUUAAAUCCCCCUUGGAAAAAAACGAUGAUGUGAAGAAGUUGUUUUCAAUCGGCUGUCCUGUGAUUCUGGUGACCCUUGGUGUUGCGCUUCUGUUUGUUGCCAUCCGUAAAAAACGCAAAGAGAAGAGGCUGAAGAGACUACGAGAUGCCAAAAGCCUUGCAGAGAUGCUCAUCAGUAAAAACAACCGCAGCUUUGACACACCAGUGAAAGGACCGCCUCAGGGCCCACGGCUACACAUUGACAUCCCCAGAGUGCAGCUGCUAAUUGAGGACAAAGAAGGCAUCAAGCAAAUUGGAGAGGACAAGGCUACAAUCCCUGUGACAGACACAGAGUUCAACCAAACUGGGAAUCCUCAGAGCUUCUGCACUGGUGUUUCUGUCCAUCACCCAGCCCUCAUCCAAAACACAGGUCCUUUGAUAGACAUGUCUGACAUCAGACCGGGAACCAACCCAGUGUCAAGGAAGAGUGUUAAGUCAGCCCACAGCAUCAGGAACCGCUACUCCAGUCAGUGGACUCUGACAAAGUGUCAGGCUUCUACGCCAGCCCGCACUCUCACUUCUGACUGGCGCACAGUUGGUUCACAGCAUGGCAUCACUGUCACAGAGAGUGACAGCUAUAGUGCCAGCCUCUCACAGGACACAGAUAAGGGGCGCAACAGCAUGGUGUCCACAGAGAGCGCCUCCUCCACCUACGAGGAACUGGCAAGAGCCUAUGAGCAUGCAAAGCUGGAGGAACACCUGCAACAUGCAAAAUUUGAGAUUACAGAGUGCUUUAUUUCUGACAGCUCAUCUGAUCAGAUGACUACUGGUACCAAUGACAAUGCAGACAGUAUGACAUCUAUGAGCACACCAUCAGAGCCUGGUAUCUGCCGUUUCACUGCCUCACCACCUAAACCCCAAGACUAUGACCGUGGCAAGAAUGUAGCUGUGCCCAUUCCACACCGUGCCAAGAGUGACUACUGCAACCUACCCCUCUACAUGAAGUCAGAUCCGUUUUUUCGAAAGCAGUCAGAACAUCAUGACCCAUGUCCAGUUGUUCCUCCACGCGAAGCCUCUAUUCGUGGCUUAGCCCAACGGGCAUACCACAGCCAGGGCCGUCAUGUGACUAUGGACUCUGCAAAGCAACAGGCUUUGACAAUGGGCCACUCUGGGCUGUCAAACCUCACAUCCUCUGGGGCAUCCUCUGGAGGAGCAACAGGAGGAGGCGGUGGAGGCAGUGGAAGUGGAGGGUUGUCUGCUAGCUCCAGCAGCUCCACGCUUCCUCAGCGGACUCUCACCAUGCCCAGCUCCUCUGCUUCUGUGGCUCAGAGUGCUGCUGCCGCUGCUGCAGCCACUGCUGCUGCAGCGGGGGCUUCAUCUUCCUCUGGCGGAGGGGCCACAGGGGGAACCCCUGGAGGUGCUUCUUCCUCUUCCAAAAUGGGAGGAUCCAGAGACUCUCUCCUGGAGAGCAGCUCAUCGGGAUUAGGCAGACUGCAGAAGCAGAGGGAUGGGGGGUCAGGAGCCUACUCCAAGUCCUACACACUUGUGUAGCCUGCCAUUAUCGAGGCCUGUCACUGUAACUCUUAAUACAAUGCUGGUUCAGCCAGCACUUGCCUGGAGCCUCUAUGAUGAAUCGGGGUGAAGAACAUACACAUGCACAGCUUACCCAUCAGUGCCUGUGCUGUGCCAGCCUGCAGGGAGCUGGUUGGGCUCCAGUCAACACAACUGUUUUAAGGAGUCAGAGUUGGGUGUCCACAGCACAGGGGCUUGCCUUUGUUUCUGCCUGACUGCUUUCUGUUAUAUUUGUGUCAUUUCUCUCUCUCUUUUUUCACCCUGGAAAUCACUUGCCAAAACAAAAAUGAUGGAUCUAUUCAGUCCAUCUUUUUAUUUUCUGGCAAGGACACAGAACUUAUGCACAAAAUGCUUUUAACUUGCACUGUCUUGAUUUCUAUAACAAGACAGCUGUAGAUCGAACCAGGUUGCUUAAGAUGUGUGUUAAGGCUUAAUUUCUUUCUCCUUUUUUUUAAAAUAUGUAACUUUUCUGUUCUCUGAUGGAAGAUGAGUUCAUAUCUCAGCAUUGUGCCAUGGCAGGAUGCUUUUGCUGUAUGCACAAACCACCAGCCUUGGUGUUACUUUGGCUCUGUAAGGUUAAUCCAUCAUAGAUUGAUACAUUACAGGCAGUGGGACGACUCUCGUACUCUUGUACAUGCAAUGGAUGGCUCAGCAAUGUGGUCAUAACUGAAGCUUUUAUAGAAAGACUUAUAAAAGAGAAGGUAAAAAUGUCAAGCAUCAUUGAGUGAAAUCUAGUUUCUUUUUUUCCAAAAGAUUUUGAGAUGAUGGAAAUAUAAUCCCAUGUGCACUAAGAAAAGUAACAGAAAUGUCACGAGCCUGUGAGUGAGUGUGUGUGUGGAUGUAUAUGUGUAAAUAUAUAUGUGUACAUGUGGCAGGCACACACCAACAAUGGACCUUUUUAAAACCAAUCUGUAUGCUGAAUUCUUGGGCAGAUGUCUGUGUCAAAACAGAAACCCCUCCCCAUUUCUAUUUUCUUUUCGUACCUAGGAAGAAACAGUAUGAUAAAAUUGAUACUGACAACUUAACACCAUUUAAACUUAAUUUGCAGUAGUUUUUCAUUUUAGGUUUGAUUUGCUGUCUGUUGUUAACGACAUGGUAUGGGUGAUCUUUGAAAAUGCUAAACAAGGGUCAAUUUAAGGAUUAGAAAUACCGUGAAGUGCAAAAGUAUUUACACCUCUUGAAUUAUUUCACAUUUUGUCACAUUACAACAGCAAAUAAUGUAUUUUAUUCAGAUUUUGUGAGAGAGUAGCACAUAAUUCUAAAGGACAAAGAAAAUGAUACAUGGGUUUCACAUUUUUUAUACAUAAAAGGUGAAAAGUGUGGCCCCCUUUAUACCCAUAAAUAAAAUCCUGGGCACCCAUUAGUUUCGGUAGUGACCUAUUUAGAAAAUAGUCAACUCGUGUGUAAUUUCAUGUUAGUAUAUUGCUGUUUUGUGAAGGCCUCAGAGGUUUGUUGGAGAACAUAAGUAAAAAGACAGCAUCAUGAAGACCAAGGAACGCAGCAGACAGACAAACCUACUUAGACAUGGAUGUCUACCUAAAUUGAUAAGGUGGACAAGGAGAGCAAUAAUCAGAGGCGCAGCCAAGACGGCCAUAGUAACUCUGAAACAGUUGCUGGGAUGCACAGUUCAGGUGAAAAACUUGUCUGGCAGGACAACUAUUAGGUGUGGCUCCACAACUUUGGCCUUUAUGGUCUAGCACUAAAAAGAAAUCUAUAGGACGUCCUGUUAAAGUUAGAAGUUUAAAUUGUAGAGACCUAAAUUUAACUUUUUAACCCCUAUGCAAAAUGCUAUGUGUGAAAAAACUGAACAUCACCCUAAAUAUAGAAUUCCCACUGUGCAUAAUGGGAAUGGAAUGGAAUCAUGAUGUUGGGAUGUAAUUUUAUCGCAUGAACUGGGAUGCUGCUUAGGAUUUAUGGAUAGAAGGAUGAAACUGAGUACAGGUCAAUCCUGGAAGAAAAUCAGUUAGAGACUUGGAAAUUCCUCCCUGCAGGACAACCGCACUAAAAAUCAACCAGAGUUAAAAGGGAAUAGUUUAGAUCAAAGCUUAUUCAUGAGUUAGAUUUUCUAGUGGAAAACUAUGUAUCAUUUUCCUUCCACUUCACAAUUAUGCACUGCUUUGUGCCGGUCUAUCACAUAAAAUCCCCACACUACAUUGAAGUUUGGGGUUACAGCUAACGAAACGUGAUAAGGCUAAAGGAGUAUGUAAAGUUUUGCAAGGCAUUAUAAGGUCCUUUUUGUUCAUUUACUUUUUUCUCAAACAAAGACUUUAUGAAACCCCUUUUCAGUUCACAAUCCCAUCAUUUCACAUCACCUUCAUCAUACUUUCAUUUCCCACUCUUCCUUCCUCCUACCAUAUCCUCCAUCAUAUCCAUACAGUGUCACUGUGAUGCAGACAAGGACAGACCAAUUGAAGAAGAGAUAUCUCAUAUGCACAUAUGGGCAGAAAUUAUUAACAUUCAGUGAUGACUUGAAUGCACACAUUCUGCAGAUUAUUAGAGAAAUGUAUUUGAAUGAUCUUGAAUAAAUGUGCAGGUACUUAUUUACGGUGUUAACAUGAUAUGAAGAACUUGCUAAACAAGAUGUUUCAUGUUUCACCAUCUUUCAUAAUUUAAUUUUUAAUUCUAUGGUUGAAACGUUACUUGUUUUUCCUGUUUUUCAUUCUUCACUUCUUAUCCCAAAGGUUAUAAUCUCAUGACAAUGACCGUUCCAAAAACAGUUGCUCCAAAAGUUUUGCAUUCGUAAAACGUAACAUCAGGGCUCUCGCAGUAGAAAAAAGUAAGAUAUCAUAUAUGUUUGUUUUCAAAUAGUAUGUACAUAUAUAUUUCUAUUCAAAUAUUUAGCAAAUAUAUGAAUAAAGAGCAGAGACAUAUAAAAGCCGUUCUUAUUGAAAUAUUUAUAAAAAGAUCACAAGACAAUCGCUCCAAGUGAAGCAUUACACUAAAAGAAGGAAGAAAAAGGAAGACAGGAGGUUUAAACGGGUAGCACAACUGUGGAUGGAAGACCCUGGAAAGAAAGGAAGUGGCGUGAAAGUCACUGGUGAAACUGGGAUUUCAGAAAUGAGGCGUCAUCCUCUUGUAAAGGACAAGCACAGUAAAGUGAAAAUAUAGUGUUAGAUGUGUUGCUGAUUUAUUGUGGUCUCAGACAGUUCAGGAAGUGUGGUGUUACAAAAGAAAACGGUUAAAAAGGAAAGCCUAUAAAGUGAUUUAGCCUCUUGUGCUUUGUUGUAUUGUACCUUCCAAAUAGUUGUGUUCACAGACUCAAUGACACUACCAAACUACAAAUAAUGAACACAAACAGAUUGAGUAUUUCUGCAGGCCAAUGACAGUUAUGUCUGCAAAUAACCGUAAUAUUUUUUUUUAUGUAUUUUGAAAUUCAAGAAUGGAUACAUAUUGAUUUCUAUACGUAGUGUUAAGAAUGCAUUUCCUUUUGGGCCUGUUCAUUUGAAGUUAUGCAAACACUUGUCCUGGGAAAAACAUGAGUUCAGUAAAGGAUUUAGCCUGUUUUUUUUUUCCAUAAGGGCUUUCUUACUCCAGCUGUAUGGAUAUUGGUUGGACUGAUGAAAUAAACUUCUAACCAACAUGGUUUCCCUCCAGUUUUCAGUCAGUUUGCUCAAAGUGAAUGUAAUAUUUUUUAAAGAAAUUCCACCAUUGAUUCUGUUAAUUGCCAACUGAAAUUGUAAGCUGUUUUCCUGUGUUUAAUAAAUCUAAACUCUUUAAUUUAUACUGACACAAUUUUAGUAAAUUCGAGAGAUGUCUACUGGAGAGAUUUCUUUUCAAAAUGCUUUUAAUCAGUUAAUUUGGCAAGUUCUCUAUGGUAGAAUUACAUUUCUGAUAAGGUUUCAAGACAUUUGUCAUGAGCAUAAAUCCCAUUACGUUUAGGCUUUUAAUGAAAUAUUUCAGGGUGAGUGGAAAGUACAGCAUAAAACUUCAAUGAUUUUUAAAAAUAGAACCAGGGUGGACAUGUUUCCAGUUAUUGUGAACUUUCUGAAAUCCACGCAUUGUUUUAAUAAUUUGUACAAGCUCAAAUACACCCCCACUGUUUGGAUAAAUGUCCUCUGGCAAGAUGAAUAAUCAGAAGCGGUAAUGGUUGAGCUACUUGACUGCAAAAACUGGUGUUUGUGGAGGAGACAAGAUAGGCUUUCAAACCUAAAAACACUGUACCAACUGUGGUAUGGUGGUGGUUGCAUCAUGUUGUAGGCGGUAUUUUGCCAGUCGUAUGGGUGAAUUGUACAAAAUAGGUGGAAUAAUGACAAAUGAGGACUACCUCCUGAUUCUUCAAGUUUACUUUAAAUUACCAGGUUGAUGUUUGAAACUUAGGCAUAAACAGGUGUUCCAGUUGGACAAUGUGUGUUUAUAAUCAUUGUCUAACUGGAUUUAUUUAAAUGUGUUGCUUUCCUUGACCAUUCAAGAAGUGUAAUGUGAGUCUGAUCCAGGAAACCAACACAUUUUAUAAUAUCCAGCCAGAAUUAUGUCAGAGCCUUGUUGAUGGCUACAAAAAAAAAACAGUUAUCUCUGCAACUUGCUUAACACCAUUUAAGCAACUAUUAAAGGUAGUCAAUUUAUAUUGAGUGUGAAUGAGUCAUUUCUACCUUGUGUGGAUCAGAGACGAUAAAGUAAAUGAAAAUUUGUUCACCCAGUUCCUAUUUUUAAAAACAUUGACCAACGUUGUAUAAUCAUUCCAUCCUGCACAAAGAACAGUUUAAAUAAAUCAUUGAAUGCCCCAAAUUUGUAUUCAUUUUAAUUUAUGCCUAUAACUGGAACUGAUCUUGGGUGGAUUUGUCUUUAAAAUGAGACAACAUGCUUUCAAACUGACCUACAUAUAAGACCAACCUUACAUCAGUUUUUUUUCUACAUCUAUCAACCAAUCAGAACCUCCCCCUUCUUGCUCCUCUGUAGCCUUUUGCCCACCUUUAUACAAUUGUUUCUACACUAUAAGAAAGGACUUGUGUACAUAGGAAAAGUGUUUUGUAUAAAUGAGUACUAUUUUCGACAUCUUCACUAGCAACCAGGGCACAAUGUAAACUUUGAAAUACAGGUAAUGUGGUGAUGAUUCAAUGAAAACUUAUAGAAUUAAACUGCAUUAUCCUCAUUCAUGGGCCAGAUAAAACAUGUCAGAAUGGACCAUAAAAUGUUAACCAAUGACAUUGUUUGAUUUCAUUGGGCAUUUUGUUGCAUCGUUUUAAUUUUUAUUUUUGUAUCUAUUUCUUGUUUUACUUUAUCACAGGUUCCUUUAUUUAGAGGUGUUUCUUUGUUAAUCAGCUUUUUGGGGGAGGGGCAGCAGCAUUGCAUGUUCUGAAAAUUUCCUGGUUAUAAAAGAAAAAAGGUGAAUAAGGUGACUUGAACAGUUUCAAAUGAGGUUAAUAAAAAAAUAAGAAUUUUAAGAAUCCAGCAGUUGUUCUUUAAACUUUUAUUGGGAAAUAUUGCUUCGAUUUGCAAUUGCUUGUGUUUAACUCUACAUUCUCUUUUCUAUCAAAACAAACAAAAGCAGAAAAAAAGAGUGCUCAAAACCUUGUGCAAUAAAGCUAUCUUUUUAUAAACCUGA